AUGGCUGGGGCGCGAGGUCUUUUCAGGACCUCGAGCUUUGUUUGCAGAAGCUGUUCUGGACUUGCCCACAGUCAAUGGCGACGCUCAUAUUCAACCACGAAAGACGAUAUAUACGAUGUAGUCUGCGUUGGAGGUGGCCCGGCUGGCCUGAGUCUCCUCACGGCCCUUCGCGCAAGCCCCAUCACCUCCAGACUGCGGGUUGCCCUUAUCGAAGCCCAAGAUCUAUCCAAGACCAGCGCCUUCUCUCUACCGCCGACUCAGUUCUCAAAUCGCUGUAGCUCAUUGACCCCAUGGUCGGCCGAGUAUCUCAACACCAUUGGCGCAUGGACACACAUGAAGCGUGACCGCAUUCAAGAGUUUCACGAGAUGCAGGUCUGGGAUGGCGUCACAGGUGCCCGGAUUGAAUUCGACCCCCCGGCCAGCUCUGGCCCCAGCAAAACCAUUGCGUACAUGACGGAGAACCUGAAUCUAACCUCGGGUCUUUUGAAGCGGCUCCAAGAACUAGGAAGCGUCGAUAUUUUUGACAACGCGCGAGUGGAAAAGAUCGACCUGGGCGAAGAAACCGAAGACAUGGAUCUUCGCGACUGGCCGAUUGUCCACCUGUCGGGCGGUCAAUCACUAGCUGCGCGACUGCUCGUCGGGGCCGACGGGGCCAACAGUCCUGUCCGGUCCUUUGCAGGCAUCGAGAGCCGUGGGUGGGAUUACGGCAGACACGGCCUCGUUGCGACGCUGCAACUGGAGGGAGACGGUUGGGGCGGACAGUUCAGCAAGAUUGCCUACCAGCGGUUCUUGCCCACCGGUCCCGUGGCCAUGCUCCCCCUGCCGGGGAAUUGUUCGACCCUGGUUUGGUCAACCACGCCAGAUAACGCCGCGCGGUUGAAGAAGCUCUCCCCCAAGGACUUCAUUGCCCUAGUAAACGCUGCGUUCCGCCUUGGCCCUGUCGAUCUGGAAUACAUGCACACACAGACGGAGGGCCAGGAAGACGAGUACAACUGGAGAAUACAGCACACGCCCGUGGAUGCCGAGGCCAUUCCACAGACUGUUGUUGGCGUGCAACACGGCUCGAUUGCGUCGUUCCCACUCAGGCUCCGCCACGCAGAUGCUUAUAUCGGCGAACGAAUCGCACUUGUUGGCGAUGCGGCGCAUACCGUUCACCCUCUGGCCGGGCAGGGCCUCAACAUGGGACAAGGCGACGUGCAGAGUCUUGUCAAGUCUAUAGAAUACGCCGUCUCUCACGGACAAGAUCUGGGGACCCGGUUGUCACUGGAGAGCUACAACAGCGAGCGUUAUACCACGAACCACGUUCUGAUGGGCGUGUGCGACAAGCUCCACAAGAUCUACUCAGUAGAAAGCGGACCGCUGGUUGGCCUACGGUCUAUCGGCUUGCAGGCCGUCAACAUGUUGUCACCGCUGAAGAAUUUCUUGAUGGGACAGGCUUCGGGCACUGGUAUCAAGGUCGUAUAG